UGGCCGCCGGAAGGCGCUGUCUUUGAAGUCUGCAGUGCUUUACCCCCUCGCCGGAGGGCGGCGCUGCCCUGUAAUUGCGGGUAAAAUGGCGGCGCAGGAAGGCGGCCUUGACCGGGCCCUGAGCGUGAAAUACUCCCGGGCAAUGAGGCUGGCGGAGGUAGAGUCGAAGCAGGAUCCUGAGUCGGAGCCUUAUCGUUCCAAGUACGCGGCUCGGGAACUGCUGAAGGAGCUGAAGGCAGCGUUGGGCCCGCGGGACGAUGAGCCUCUCCAGGCCGGAGACUGGCUGCAGAAAGCUGCGGUGCUCGAGCUGCAGCUCGGCCUCAACCACACAGAGACAGAGGAGCUGUCCGCCGGCGAGGAGCACCUGGCCAAGUGCAUCCAGAUCCUGGAACCCUUCAGGCUUAGCCCCGGGGCCGUGUCCGUCUUUCUCCAGGCCGAGAAUCAGUUGGGCAUCCUAUGGGCAGGAUUGGAAGAAAUGGAAAAGGCACAAACCUAUCUCGAAGAUGCGGAAUCUCUUUACAAGCAGUACACCAAGGAGGUAAAGUCUUCAUUUGAUGGCAGGUGGAUGCUAAUAAUCAAUAUGUCUGGAUUGGUCAAUGCAGUGACCACUGAGUGGGGGCAUUGCUCAGUGCAGUGACCACGAGAUGGGAGCAUUGGUCAGUGCAGGGUUUGUGCAUGUGUGGAGUGGGGGAUUGGUCAAUGCGAU